AUGUCGUCAGGCCUGACGAGACGCCGUGGAGCCGGGGGCGGAGCCGGCACCGAGGAGGGCAACGGUCCCUCGAGGUCCGCCUCGGCAACCAACGUGCGCGACAGCGGCCCCGAGACCAGCUACGAGGCGAGCGAGAACGGCCACAAGAUCGCCUUCGACCCGCGCGACAUCAGCGAGAGCGCCGAGAGGAGCAAGCAGCCGAAGCUGACCUUGAUGGAGGAGGUGAUAUUGCUGGGGCUGAAGGACAAGCAGGGCUACCUCUCGUUCUGGAACGACAACAUCAGCUAUGCGCUCCGUGGCUGCAUCGUCAUUGAGCUGGCCUUCCGCGGCCGCAUCAGCAUGCAGAAGGACCCUUCCAGGCGGCGCUUUCCCCUGGCCGACCGCGUCAUCGAGGUCAUCGACGACACACUGACCGGCGAGGUGCUGCUGGACGAGGCAUUGAAGCUGAUGAAGGCCAGCGAGAAGAUGAGCGUCAGCUCGUGGAUCGACCUCAUGAGCGGCGAGACCUGGAACCUGAUGAAGAUCGGCUACCAGCUGAAGCAGGUGCGCGAGCGGCUUUGCAAGGGCCUCGUCGACAAGGGCAUCCUCCGCACCGAGAAGCGCAACUUCCUCCUCUUCGACAUGGCCACACACCCCGUCGCCGACGGCGGCGCCAAGGAGGAGAUCCGCCGGCGCGUUAGGAACGUGCUCACCCAACGCACCGUCGUGCUGCCCGGCUCCCAGUUCCUGCCCGAGAACCUCGAGUUCCGCUACGUCCGCACCAUCGCCAUGGUCUGCGCCGCCUACGCCGCUAACGUCCUCGAGAACGCGCUGUCCACCCUCGGCCACGAGGCGCGCGAGCGUGCCUUUACCCAGACGGACGAGAUCCUGGCCGAGUACAGCCAGUGGCCGUUUGGAAAGAAGGUUGGCAGCCAGGGCAUUGGCGCCAACAUCCCGCAGGCCAUCAACGAGGAGAUGUCCAAGGGCAAGGACAAGGAGUUACAACUCGAGGUCGUCGCCGCUUGCCUGAGCGUCUUCACCCGCCUCGACUCUCUCCUCUAA